GUAUGCUAGACUUACUUACAAGAACUUUUUUAUCUUAAAUCUGCCUUGAUUUCAAUGUGUUGCUGUGCAAUUUUAUGCUUUUAUGUGGACAACAAAAUGAAGUCCAUGCCAUGCAUGCAGGACAUCAGGUUGCACUGAAAUUGAAGAGCUUUUAUAUGCAUUUGGGAUCAAACACCAAGGAGUAGCGUGAUUAUCCCAUGGGGGUGGUUACUACCAUGGCCUCCGACUCCUCCCUGCAACCUCAAGCCGAGAACCCUGCUCCAGGCAAGCCAUGCAGCAGCGGCCCUGUCAUUGCACACAGGUUGGAGGUGGGUGUCGAACCUCGAGGGAAGCACUAUGUGUGUGGUUCGGUGGCUGCUUUUACCAACAUCAUUAUCACCUUCCCCAUUCAGAAGGUGCUGUUCCGGCAACAGCUGCAUGGCCUGCUAGCAACUGAGGCAGUACGUCAACUUCAAAAUGAAGGCUUACGAACCCUGUAUCGUGGUCUGCUGCCUCCACUGUUGCAGAAGACGGUUACAGUAGCUUUGAUGUUUGGCCUGUACGAGGACUUUUCACGACUGCUUUUAGAUCACAGUGGGUUUUGCGGUGCUCCCGAAAUUUUGACACGCAGCACAGCAGCAAUUUUGGCUGGCACAGCUGAGGCAGUCCUGACACCAUUUGAGCGUGUGCAGACGCUACUUCAGGAUCACAGGCAUGCUGGGCGUUUCCGCAACACGGCACACGCCUUUGGUACACUUCUGCGCCAGCACGGAGUGAGCGAGUGCUACCGUGGCUUGGUACCGGUGCUGCUGCGCAACGGGCCUAGCAACAUGCUCUUCUUCGGACUCCGUGGACCAAUCAGAGAAUGUCUGCCCGAAGCCCACACCCAUGCUGGACACAUGUUGUAUGACUUUGUGUGUGGAGGGCUGCUGGGAGCCGCGCUUGGUGUCCUCUUCUACCCGCUGAAUGUGGCAAAGUCCAGGGCACAGGCGCAGGUUGGAGGUGUGUUCGUGCCCUGCAGCCAGGUGCUUCAGGAAGUGUGGAGGGAGCGGGGCAGGAGUGUGGCGAAGCUGUUCCGUGGUGCGACUCUCAACUACCACCGCUCUUUGCUCUCAUGGGGCAUUAUUAACGCGACGUAUGAACUGUUGCUGAAAUUCAUAUGAGGAGUAAGGGAGGCAUGAAGUGAGAAGGGAGAAAGGAAAAAUCAUACAAGAUGCUUGCUAUCCAAACUGACUAUAUUUGUUCUUUGCCACAGCAUAGUCUUGAAGCUCAAGGCCACUGCCAUUUCCUUUUGUAUUCACCUACAGAUUUAACAAGGACGUGCUGACAAAAAAAGAACGCUAAUCCGAUUCCUUUCCGAACAGCCAUAGCCCUCUUUUACACCCUCGCAAAGACCCUCACUGAAAGCGUUUUAUAAAGCUUCGAGAUGGGAAUCAAGAUGGUGUUACAUGACUGAACAGCAUUUGUCUGUGGAAAAUUUGUGAUUUUUAUUUCUACUAAUCCUAAAUAAACACACAGAUUGUUUCAUGGACCAUA